AAUGCGCUUAGUUGCCUGGUGACGCUGAAGCUGUGCUCGGCGGUUUCCUGUGCUCUGUAUCACCCAAAACAAGUUUGAAACAGACAAAUCACCGUAGGUGCAUUGAGAAUAGCGCGCUUGCUUGUCCUUCAGCGUCUGCGGAAGGGCUUGGAAACACUCGCUAUGUGAUAGAGCAUCUCUGGACGGAGAAUCAUGGACAGUUACUCAUUCGUGAGAGUGGUGGGGAAGGGGAGCUACGGGGAGGUGAAUCUGGUCAGACACAAAUCAGACCGGAAACAGUAUGUGAUCAAGAAGCUGAACCUGAAAACAUCCUCCAGACGUGAGCGGCGAGCCGCGGAGCAGGAAGCGCAGCUCCUCUCACAGCUCAAGCAUCCCAACAUCGUCACCUACCGGGAAUCAUGGGAAGGCGAGGACUGUCAGCUUUACAUCGUGAUGGGUUUCUGUGAGGGAGGAGAUCUUUACCACAGACUCAAACAGCAGAAGGGAGAACUGCUGCCUGAGAGACAGGUUGUGGAGUGGUUUGUUCAAAUCGCCAUGGCCCUUCAGUAUUUACACGAGAAGCACAUCCUGCAUCGAGAUCUGAAAACGCAGAAUAUCUUCUUGACCAAGACCAACAUAAUCAAAGUGGGUGAUCUGGGCAUCGCGCGGGUCUUGGAGAAUCAGAACGACAUGGCCAGCACUCUGAUCGGCACACCUUACUACAUGAGUCCAGAACUCUUCUCCAACAAACCUUACAACUACAAGUCGGACGUGUGGGCUCUGGGAUGCUGCGCGUAUGAAAUGGCAACUCUAAAACAUGCUUUCAACGCAAAAGACAUGAACUCUCUUGUGUAUCGGAUUGUAGAAGGGAAGUUGCCCCAGAUGCCGAGUAAGUUCGACCCCCAACUGGGAGAACUGAUCAAGCGGAUGUUGUGUAAGAAACCAGAGGACAGGCCAGACGUCAAGCACGUCCUCCGACAGCCGUACAUCAAACAGCAGAUCUCCAUGUUCCUGGAGGCCACAAAAGAGAAAACCGCCAAAUCACGGAAAAAUACAGCAAACAGCAAACCGAAAAGUGCCGAAUCAGAUGCCUUAAACAAACCAAAUCAUGACAUUCGGCCAGAAUGUCUUAACUCUGAGUCAAAGACCCGAGGAAGAACGGUUGAAGAAAACCACUUGAACCGACAAGAACCCUGUAAUGGUGCAGUGGAAAAAGUGCUUCCUAACCCACUCUUGCCCUCUAAAUCUCCAACUCGGGACAUUAGUAACUCAACAGGUAGAUCUACAGCAACCAUUAGCAAUAUAGACAUUGAAAUCCAAACCCAGGAACAGAAAGAGAGAAAAGCCAAACCACCUCAUCCUAAACCCAGCAGCCAUCAGAACCACAAGCUGCCAUCUGUGAGCAAGAGGAGAGAGAAAGAGGAGAAAGAAGAUCUUGGUCCUCCUCAGACACACCCUCUGAAACACGUAUUAGGUGUCGGCAGAACGGAGGAUAAGAUGUCAGCGAAUGGACUGAUAUCUCAAAACUCAACAACACCCAAACCUGCCAAGAUCCUAAGCAAGAAUAAGGCUCUUGAUUUAAGUAUGGACCUUAAAGACGAUACUAUGAAGCUUCUGCAGGAGGCAGGGAUGGAGGACGUCCCGCAUGAGCCUACUGAACAACAUCACAAUGCUGAGACAAAGCUGGAGAGCCAAAGAACUUCAUCAGCUAGUGAUGAUAAUCAUAGCAGCGCUUGUGUCCUAAAGGAUGUUCCUACUGGAAGUUCAGCUGAGGAGAGCGAGGGAAGUUUAGACUCCACAGAGAAACUACUCAAGCCUGUUCCUGUCAUUUUAAUGGAGUUAUCCAGUUCGGAGACCUCUUCAGCUCUCUCAGAUCAAAGCAGACCAGUUAUUCUGUCCUCUUCCUCUUCUUCUGAUCCAUCCAUGUCACGUCAGUGCAGGCAGAGGAAGAAAGUCAAGUCCCUCGAUGACCAGAACAGUCUUCAAGUCAAAGCAGUGCCCAGACUUCUGCCGCCUCUUCCGGAAGAUGUCCUGUCAGUAAACAGCGAACAGAAAGGCCACUCGGAGAAAAACAGAGCUUCCAGUCUCUCAUCCUCUACCAGGAAUGUUCCAGAGCAGCAGAAUCGUCCACUGUCAGCCCGGGAAAGAAGAAGGCUGAAGCAAUUACAGGAGAACUCCAGACAACAAGCUGCGUCCGCUGUCCCCUCAUUAGACGGUAAGCAGACAGACCAGCUAGACUGCCCAAGACCUGAAAGCACAACUGUGGAAAUGAAAAAGGAGAGGAUGUGCUCUGACGAAGAUGAGUGUAGUUCCUCCACCAGCUCCACUGAACGUUCAGAGGGUGACUACAGAGAACGAAAGCGUGAGACCAAUGAGAUGCAAGACUUGGUCCAAAUGAUGACACAGACGUUACACAUGGAUGCCAGAGAUGUACCAUUUGAGCCUGAUGGGACAAGAUGCCACUCUACUCCACUGCCUGAGUUCAAACUAAACAGGAAGUACAGGGACACCCUGAUGCUUCAUGGGAAAUCCAGAGAGGGACAGGGAGAUUUCCAGAUCAGUGGCUUCCCAGACGACAGCACGGGUCCAGCAAAGGUCAGGAGAGUGAUGGAGCACUUGCGUACAGAUGUGGUUAAAGGACUCGGGGUGAAGCUAUUGGACAGAGUCCUGGACAUCAUGCAGGAAGAGGAUGAAGACAAGAGAGAGCACCUCCUGCAAGAGCAAAUGGGGGAGGAAAAGUACAAGCAGUACGCAAUGAAAGUCCAACAGCUGAAGUUCUUUGAGGACGUCGCAUUCAAAGACUGAGCCACCUGCACAUGAAGGAUCUCUUGUCAAACACUGAUAUGCUAUUACUGCUGAUGGACAGCAGACUUUGUGCUCUUAAAAGAUGAAACACGUCAUUGAAGCCUCCUAUCAACAAUCACGGUUACUUUUUUAAUGCUUUUGUAAAUGUGUAGAGAUAGAAGUGAGUUAAACACCAGAUAUGCAUAUAUAUAUAUAUAUAUAUAUAUAUAUAUAUAUAUAUAUAUAUAUAUAUAUAUAUAUAAAAAAUAUGCAUCUUUAAAUUACAAAAAAGCAUUAUUUUAGGAUACCAUCUUUCUAUUAGAAAUGUGAACCUAUGCUAUAUGGAUAGCAAUCUUGAAUCACAAAAGAGAUGUUAAAAAUAGUUAACUUUUUUCCAUCUUUUCAAAUGUAUAUUUAUUUUAUGAAUAAUGUAAAUCAAUAAGGAAUGAUUUAUAAUAAAUGACAUUUUUAGGAACCCUGUGCUCUCUCUCUCUCAAAAAAAAAGUGCCACAUAAAUGUACCAAACAGUUCUUUAUUACAUGAUGAAUGCUCAAAAACUGACACAAAAUGAAAAGGAUUUCAUAGGUUUGUUUAUCUAAAUGGCUUUACUGUGCCAAAUCUAAAUUCAAAUAUUGUCAUGAAUCACUUGUGCUUCUUCUUCUUCUGGCUCUCUUGAGGUUUGUCACGAUUUUCUCCGGAUGCCUCAGGCACAGCCGGCUGCCACUUCAGAGGAUUUUUUCUGUACAUUGGCCAGGGAGGCAGAGUGAG